AUGUCUGCCAGUCCGUCAUCUUCCGCCGGAGGCGAUACCAAGCCUUCGGAACAGGUUCAUUUCCGUUUCUGUCGUGAAUGUUCGAACUUGCUCUAUCCGAAGGAAGAUCGCGCGAACAACCGCUUGAUGUUCACCUGUCGCACUUGUCACGUCGGAGAGCCCGCCAGCUCUUAUUGCGUCUAUCAAAACAAGCUGAACACCCAGGUCGGAGACACUGCCGGUGUGACUCAGGAUGUUGGAUCUGAUCCUACGGUUAGUCUCCCUGGUUUCUGUACCCUGUGCGGGGACGAAAUCGCCUGUUUCUCCUGCGGCGAAAUGUCAGAGGACGGUGAAUGA